CCCGCCCUGCUGCCCGCGCUGCUGCUGCCCGGCGCCGCCGCCGCCACCGGCCCCGGCCCCGCGCCCGGCGGCAAUUUCCUGGAGGACGAGCAGUGGCUGUCCUCCAUCGCGCAGUACGGCGGCCGCAUCCGGCACUGGAACCGCUUCCGAGACGAGGUGGAGGACGACUACAUCCGGAGCUGGGAGGACGGGCAGCCCCCGGAUGAAGGAGAGGACAGCACCAAGGACCCGUGCCAGAAGGUGAAGUGCAGUCGGCACAAGGUGUGCGUGCCGCAGGGCCCGCAGCGCGCCGUCUGCGUCAGCCGCAAGAAGCUGGAGCACAGGAUCAAGCAGCACGGGGGCUGCAGGCCGUGCCACUCCGCCCGCCCGGCGCCCGUUUGCGGCUCCGACGGACACACGUACAGCUCUGCGUGCAAAUUGGAGCAGCAGGCGUGCCUGGCCGGCAAGCAGCUGACGGCGCGCUGCGAUGGGCACUGCCCCUGCCCCACCCCCGGCAGCACGCAGGAGCCGUGCACUGGGCAGGACCUGGCCGAUCUGGGGGAGCGGUUGCGGGACUGGUUCCAGCUCCUGCGUGAGAACGCCAAGCAUAACGCCUCCGGAGGGACCCCCGGCACCGCGCUGGCGGCCGGCUGCAAGGAGGCAGUGGGGUGGAUGUUCGGGCGCUUGGACACCAGUGGGGACCGCGUCCUGGAGCAGCCCGAGCUGGCUGCCAUCAACCUGGACAAGUACGAGGCGUGCAUCCGCGCCUUCUUCAACUCCUGCGACACCUCCCGUGAUGGGCGCGUCACUGCCGCCGAGUGGUGCCUCUGCUUCUGGAGAGAAAAGCCACCGUGCCUGCGGGAGCUGGAGCGGCUGCAGAUGCAGGAGGCAGCCAAUGUGCAGCCCGGCACCUUCGUACCCAGCUGCGAUGAGGACGGCUACUACCAGCGGGCGCAGUGUGAACCAGGCGGCGCACAGUGUUGGUGCGUGGAUCCACAGCACGGCACUGAGCUGAGCGGCACCCGCUCCCAUGGCCAUCCCGACUGCGAGGACGCAGUGGGGUUUUCAGGAGACUUCGGCAGUGGCGUGGGCUGGGAGGAUGAGGAGGAGAAGGAGCCUGAGGAAGCAACAGAGGAAGCUGAGGAGGAGGAGGCUGAGGCGGGUGAAGGAGAUGAUGGUGGCUACAUCUGGUAGAGGCGGGGGGGGGGGGGCACGGCUGGGGGCAGCCCCUGUCACCCCAUUGCCCCCUGGCACAGAGCGCAGGGGCAGCCCCCAGCUCCAAGUGGGACAGGGCUGUGGGGCGCUCGCCCGGGCGGGCCCCAAGGCGGGCGGGGGGC